CCGAAGCAGCAGAACCCUCUCUCUGGUUCAGGUCACUUCACUGAGACUCAAAACUACAGCUGUGUGACCAACUGUGAGGACUACAGAGGGGGAGGGAGGGGGACACUCAUGUGAAGAUCAACUCCAGCUCCUCCACUUAUAUUUGGUUCUGGUUCUGGUUCUGAAAUGCCGGUGCAAAUCCCGGACGACUCAGACUUCUCCUCCUUCAAAGACCAGUGUUUGAGCUCUGAUGGAUGGAUCAGCCGCUACAACAAGGGAGGGGUGACGGUGUGGUGCCGGGAGGAGGAGAGCAAGACGGUCCAGAAACUCAAGAUGAGGAUAGUGUGUAAAGACGUGACGGCAGAGACACUGUACGACGUCCUCCAUGACACCCCCUACCGCAGGAAGUGGGACACCAACAUGAUUGACACGUAUGACAUCGGCAGACUGACCGUCAAUGCAGACGUCGGAUAUUACUCCUGGAAAUGUCCGACUCCUCUGAAGAACAGAGACUUUGUGACAAUGAGAUCUUGGCUUCCUCUUGGCAGCGACUACCUGAUCAUCAACUACUCUGUCAAACACCCGCAACAUCCUCCUAAGAAGGACUACGUCCGAGCCGUGUCUCUGCUGACUGGGUACCUGAUCCAGUCCAACGGAGCCAACUGCUCCACCCUCUACUACCUGACCCAGGUGGACCCCAGAGGUUCUCUACCAAAGUGGGUGGUGAACAGAGUAUCUCAGUUUGUGGCUCCAAAGGCCAUGAGGAAGAUCUACAAGGCAUCUCUGAAGUAUCCGGACUGGAAGAGGAAGCACAACCCAAACCUGAAGCCGUGGAUGUUUCCAGAGCAGAACACGCUGCCGUGCAUCAGCGUGUCGGAGCUGACGGUGCAGAGAGCCGACUCUCUGGAGAACAUCGACGAGAGCGGCCUGACUGAGGAGAAGACGCACCACAGCGACGAUGAAGAGACUUAAACACAUAUAACACAAUAUCCAUCUCUCUCUGCUUUACUGUUUCUUUCUCGUUUCUUUCUCUCUGAUGAUUCUGUGCCUCCAGGUUCAGUUUAAAGAACAAAACCCUCCUGUUGGUGAGGUUAGUGUGGUUAAAGGCUCUGCUCACCCUCACAGGUGUUUCCAGGUGUUUCAGGUGUUUCCAGGUGUUCAGGUUAAACAACAUGCUAGAAAUGAGUGAGGUCACCAAACGUGUAAGAACAUACAGUGAAAUAGAAGUACAUCUGAUGAUUAAUAGUAAUUACUGAUAAUCAAUGGAGUGAAAAGCUGAUCAGAUUUUCAGUGAUGUGAUAAAUUCGCUCAUCUGUUAAACUGGAACUGAAAUGAUUCACUGGUUGUUAAAAUACCUGAUGAGACGUCAUUUAACAUAUUUAAUCAGAAUAAAUGAUCUGAUUCCAUCAGUGAAUACAUAAAUGAAAAGGUUCAGAGUCGGAACGUCCUCAGGUGAAAGUCUCUGUUUCUGAGCAUCAGCUCAAAAACCUGUUGUACCAUCAGUUUACCACCGGGGGGUGCUGUCAUCCACACUGUGAGGAUACAGAUACAGAUCUGAAACUUGUCCUUGUUAACACUGAUGAAGAACAGCUGAGUUCACUUAUAUGUUUCACUAUGAACUGACCUGAAUUCACCUCUGCUGUCACACUCUGAUGAUGAUGAUGAUGAUGAUGAUGAUGUCUACAGGGUGAUCAGCUGCUUUCAGUCGUACUGUUCAGUAAAAACUGAGUCAUGUGACCUUAGAUGUCCUCUCAUGACCUCUGACCUCCUCUGUGAUUGGGUCCCUGUAGACAUUCAGAUUCAGUCUCAUCGUGUUUAAACGUGUGUGUGUGUGAGAGAGAGAGAGAGAGAGAGAGAGAGAGAGAGAGAGUCUGCAGUACCUCCCAGUGGACACACACCUUCACUACAGCCUCAGGGUAACAGGCGUCAGGUGAAUAAUCUCCUCCUCUACAGGCUGAUCACUUCCCAAUAAUUCAUCAAUAGAAAUAUUGAUUAAAGAUGUUUAACCUGAGUCAGAGUCUGAAUGUUUGAUUGAGGAGGUGAAGCAUCUCUCUCAUAAACUAUCUUUGUUUUGUUAAACAGAUUCUACUUUAAUCAAUAAAGUCGAUAUUUU